AUGUUAUACGCAGAGAACACGUUUCGAGUCAACAUCCAAGAUGGUGAUGAGCUCACUCUCGCAGACUUGCUCAGCUCCAAGCCAAGGCAGAAGAUACGCAAAAUGGUGCUCAUCCUACGACCUGGGGGAGCCUCUUACCGACCCAGGUUCAGCAUGGACCCUGAUAUCUGGGAUAGCAUCCUGGGUAACCUUCAGAUAAUAGCGGUUGUUGUAGAGCAGCCAGAGCCAGCCUUCCAAGAAGUGUUUGAGAAAGCAACACCAGAAGAAGGGUUUGCGAAAUGGAUUGCCUGGAUAACACCAAUUUUUGAGUACCUAUGUCGGGCUCUUGAUAGAGAAGCCAAAAUCGUGGUGGACCAACUACCUAUAGCCGACUACAAUUUCGGAAGAGAAAAGUUCACUUCGGCAUCAGGAUUCUGGGGAGGAUACUGGGGCCGACUUGAAGACGACCCAAUCACCGCUCGGGACUGCAUCGACGAUGACGACUACUAG